UUCAAAAAUGCUAGUGAAUUAACGGUAAUAUCAUGAAUUCUUAGAAUCCAUCUACCUCUUUGCUUCUCCAAAGACAUUAGCACAGCAAGGUUUCUAAAGCUACCUUAUAGAAGAUAUAUUUAUGUGCUUCUAAAUCUUGGACUAAGAGGGGAACUGUAAAGUACAGGAACGCGGAAGUCAAAAGUGAUUUGAUGACGAAUAUAUAAAUCUCUUAUCAUUCAAGUUACAAGAACCGGCAAACCAAGACAAACCAAAUUAAUAAAGCUCUCAAGCGGAAGCGAAAAGUGACUUGAUGAAGACAUGACGAAGACAACAAUCUCUUAUCAUUGAAAGCCACAAGAGAGCAAACGAAAAGAAACAAGAAAGUAAGACCAAGUAAGUGUGGAUAUCAAUGGAAGUAUGGACCGUGCAUUGAUUAAUACUGGUACUGAUGUCAACAAAACGGAUAAUACGGGAAGAACUGCUUUGUUCUAUGCUGUUCGACGAAUUCACAAUCAAAAUAUGGUUCAUGCAUUGAUUGAUGAUGGUGCUGAUGUGAACAUAAAAGAUAACGAAGGAAAAACUGCUUUGUUCUAUGCUGUCCAACGAAUUUACAAUAAAAGUGUAGUUCGUGCAUUGGUUGAUGAUGGUGCUGAUGUAAACAUAAAGGAUAACGAAGGAAAAACUGCUUUGUUUUAUGCUGCUGUAAAACCGUACAAUGAAAAUAUUGUUCGUAUAUUACUUGAUGCUGGUGCAGAUGUCAACGAAACGGAUAAGGAGGGGAAAACUGUUUUGUUUUACGCUGUUAGGGAUCGGAACAGUAAAAAUGUGGUUCGUAUGUUAAUCGAUGCAGGUGUUCAUGUCAACAAAAGGGAUAAUAAAGGGAAAACUGCUUUGUUUUAUGCUACGGAAUCGGAAACGGAAUCGGAAACGGAAUCGGAAACGGAAUCGGAAACUGACAUGGAAAUUGACCUGGACACUUUUGACAUGAAUAUGAACCUGAACACUUUUGGAAGGGAAAAUAUUUUUGUUUCUGAAAUACCAUUCGUGUUUUUUAACGGUCCUGCAAAUAUAUCCAUUACACAGAUGUUAAUUGAGGAUGGUGGUUCUCUGCUAAAUGCAAAAGAUAACUAUGGUAGAACCCCAAUGUUCUAUGCAUUGAUAACGUCACUUGAAACAGCAAGUCUCUUGAUUGACAAAGGAGCAAAUCUUAAAGCGAGAGACAAUUGCAAUGUCAGCAUUAUUGCUUUCUUCGUUGAACACUGUUUACGAAAAGGAAAUGACAUGUCCGAAGGGCUCGAUCUGCUCAGAGAAAAUGGUAUCCAACCAGAGACUAUCUUCGAGAGUUUGGUCAGUGUGGUGUUUUGUAGUAGCUUAAAACUACGUAUAAGCACUCGUUUCGGUAAAUUUCAAAUGGAAUCGCUGUCUGAUGCUUUGGAGACAGCCAAAUAUUACAUGGAAGAAGAGGACCCUAGACAGCCAAUCCUUAAUGGGAUUUUGACGACAAUGGAGAAUUACAAGAGCGAAAAAGAUAUCUAUGAAAACGUGGUGUCCAAAAUUCUUGCCCCACUUGUAGAACUAGGUGCUGAUCCAAACACUGCUGACUCACAAGGGAAUACAGCUCUUCACUAUGCAACUCGUUUGAUAUUCGAGAAUGUGUCACAAGAGACGGUAAAUGACAUAUGUCGGAGUCUAAAAGAAGUCGAUGCUUCAUUUAACGCAAAAAAUCACCAAAGAGAAACUCCCGCUUUGUUUUGUUUGUCUGAGAAGUUUCUCCAUGGCAUAAAUGGUAUAAAUACAAAAUUUGAUUUAGUAUUUACACAAGUUUACGGGAAUCUGAUUGAAAAGGGAUCAAGUGUAGAUGACAUCGAAAAAGGUGGAAAUUCCCUUUUUCAUUUGAUCUUGAUUCUCUUUGAACGAGUUCUUUAUUUUCGCACGAAAACGAGUGAGAGGGGAAAAGUCUUGGGCGAAGUUGCAGACCUUUUACAGUUGUGCUGUGAGGCAGAUACAGCAGCACAUGUAACUAUCAACAGGAGAGACGCCCAUCUCAAUUCACCACUCCAUCUCUGGUCGGAAUUGAAAUGUAUCGAACUUUCUCAAGAGAAUGAUUGGCAAUAUCUAAGAAAAAUUUUGAACCUCUUAUUAAAGUGUGGAGCUAGAUUAAAUACCAGAAAUGAAAAUGAUGAAACACCUUUACAUUUGUGUACAACAUGGCGUGCAGCCAAACUUUUGUUAGAAGAAGGUGCAAAUCCAAACGAUGUGGAUUCCUCUGGACACACGCCUCUACUCUCCGCUGCAUUGAGAUUCAAACAAAGAACUACAUACAGUAAUCAUUUCCUUGAAGCGUUUUAUGAAGACGUAUCCAAACGUCUGUCAAAGGAUUCCCGCUCUGGAUACAGACGUGCACUCUCCGCUGCCUUGAGAUUUAAACAAAAAAAUCAAACUAAAAACGAUAAUCAUAUCCUUGAAGCGUUUUAUGAAGACGUAUCCAUAAGCCCAAAUACGUUUUGGGAAGCAGUUUUCGAGAAACAUCUUGAUCCAUGGGUUGCAGAUAAGCAUGGACAAUCUGUCUUGGGAGUUCUUGUUGAAUCGGAGGCCUUUGUUCUUGCAAAGACCUUUCUGGAAACUGCUGUAAAAAUGAAGCUGCUUGAGUCGGAUACAAUCGCAGUUUCUGUUUUGAAAGUCAUUUGCAAAGACAGAUCGAAAAGAGCUCUAUGGAAGAUGAACCUUGUUGAAAUAAUUCUCAAGGCAAGAGAGAAUCCUAACAGGUCCCUACGAUGUGAUGGAGAGACUCCACUUCACUAUUGCUGUAGAAAUAUAAUAGAUGUUUUCAAUGAUGUUUCUCAAACGGCUAGUGAUUACAAUCAUUCAUCACUGGCCGGAGAAGACUCUGCCGAGGAUGAAACAACAUCUGUGCACUGGAUCAUCGCCAAACGCCUUCUUUGGUAUGGAGCUGACUGUACGAUUCCUGAUUCUAUUGGCCAAUCUUGUCUGGAUAUAGCAGAGGCAUGUCCUGCACUGAAAAAACUUCUGAGCAGUCCGAUAGAAAUGGACUAAACCCCUUGACUCAUUCCUUGGACUUCCGUUUC